CCCACAACAGGACCGGCCCAGAAACGCAGCUCCUCCUCCAAUCCCUCCCCCCGCGCGCCCCUCUCGCGGCGCCGGCGCCGGCGCCGCCCCUCUCGCUGUUGCUUCUCCUCCGGCUGGAGCCGCUCCUCCCCCCACGGAAGGUUCAGGCUGCGGCGCUCGGGCACACCAUGGAGCUUGAUGAUGCCUUCAGGAAGCGGGCCUGCGUGAGUGGUGUCAUCGAAAGAUGCUUGGCUGGCGGCCCAGACCGGUUGAGCUCUCUGCCAGACAGCCUCCUUCAUAUCAUCAUGUCCUUCUUGAAAGCCCGGCAGGCGGUUCAGACAUGCCUGCUGUCCACACGGUGGAGGCACCUCUGGCGCUCGGUGCCAUGCCUUGACAUUGACUUUGAUGAGUUCAACAAGGCGUCCCCUUCUGGUGUCAAGCGCAUCUGCCUCUCCAGUAGCGAUGAAAGUUCUUGCUCCGACAUUGAUACCUCUGAUUCUGACAGUGACAGUGACAGUGACAGUGACAGAGAGCAACUGCAUCAUUUCAUCAAGUACAAGGACUGGGAGGAUUUUGAGGAUUUUGCUGUGACCCUGAUGCACCGCUGUAACAUUGCACAAUUGGAUUCAUUCCGGCUGAAUAUUGUUAGAAGCAGAGCACCGGUGUUUGGCAAUAGACUGGCAGCAGGAUGGCUCCGUCGUGCCAUGAAAUACUGCACGCCUGAUCGUGCCAGUAAGCUGGGACUGACCUCUGGUUCUUGGUGCCUCAAAAGGCUGCAUCUCUGCCAUGUACUUCUUGAUGAUCAUUUUGUGAAGCGUGUUAGUUCAGUGUGCUGCUCUUUGGAGGAAUUGGAGCUGGACGAUUGCAGUUGUCGAAUUCAGUCAAUCACCUCCAACUCGCUGAAGACCCUGGUUCUGAGAAAAUGUCGAUGCCACCGUCUUUGUGAGAUUAUAUCUCCCACACUGAAAACGUUGGUUUUUGAUGGUGGCUUAAAUACUGCUGCCUGUGCGCUUGUUAUCUUGGUCCCUGCUCUUGCAUAUCUGCAUCUGGCUGUGAAUGUUUAUAGAUUUUGUGGUGGUUUUUCAUUAAACGAAGUGCCAUCCCUUGGAAAGGCUUUUAUUCAUCUACUGGACCACAAAUAUAAUCAUGCCAGAAGUAAACUUGAUGGCGAUCAAUUCAAGCUUCUUUGUAGCAUAUCUAACUCGACAAAUUUGGAAUUAUCGGGUGUCGGGACAAGGGUGCUAGGUAAGGAACCCAGAUUCCAAGAAUUCAAGAACCUGAGGAACUUAUUGCUGGACGACUGUGAUCUCAGUGAUAACUUCAGGACAUUGGUAUUCUUUCUUCGGAGUUCUCCUAUUCUUGAGAAAAUCACUUUGCGGUGCUGCAAGUUCCCAAAAUGUCCUAAAAAGAGACAUAUGCCCAUACGCAACGAGAUCGCAUCUUCUGAGCUCCGUGGACUGGAUUUGCUGUGUGAGAACCUCAAGUUUGAAAUCAUAUAUAAUGAUGGCUAUGGACCCCACCUUAUGCGGCUUUUGCUGCACAUUUCAGUGAAUCUGUCGAAGAACAACAUUAAACUCACCAAAGUUGAUUAGUGUUUUUGUUAUCCCACGCCUUCUAUAUGGCAUCUCACCUAAUGGUUCAUGUGGAAUUUAUGUGCACAUCAUAGGCUUCCUUCAGAUGGACUAAAUUGCAAGCCUAUAUGUUUGAUUAAUUUUAAGUGAAGCGGGCUUUUGCUCUAUUGACUACAUAUGCUAUUGAUUUUUACUCUUUCCUGGCUUAA